GGAGGAAAUCUCGCGAGAGGCCGAGUUCUCAUGAAUUCUCCCAGGAGCCACCGCUCUUCCUCUUCCCCCGAGCGGCCUGAGGUGACCUCCGGAGAUGGUUCGCUACUCGCUGGACCCAGAAAACCCUACAAAAUCAUGCAAGUCGAGAGGUUCAAAUCUUCGUGUUCACUUUAAGAACACACGUGAAACUGCCCAGGCCAUCAAGGGUAUGCAUAUUCGAAAAGCCACCAAGUAUCUGAAAGAUGUCACUUUGCAGAAGCAGUGUGUCCCAUUCCGUCGCUACAAUGGUGGAGUUGGUAGGUGUGCGCAGGCCAAACAGUGGGGCUGGACACAGGGUCGGUGGCCCAAGAAGAGUGCUGAGUUUUUACUGCACAUGCUUAAAAAUGCGGAGAGUAAUGCUGAACUUAAGGGUUUAGAUGUAGAUUCUCUGGUCAUUGAGCACAUCCAGGUGAAUAAAGCCCCCAAGAUGCGACGUAGAACCUACAGGGCUCAUGGCCGGAUUAAUCCAUACAUGAGCUCUCCCUGCCACAUUGAGAUGAUUCUUACUGAAAAAGAGCAGAUUGUUCCUAAACCAGAAGAGGAGGUUGCACAGAAGAAAAAGAUAUCCCAGAAGAAACUGAAGAAACAAAAACUUAUGGCCCGGGAGUAA